GCAACCAUUGAAUGAAGUGUUAUACUCGAGGGGCGCAUACGGAGCACUCAAUCCGCUGGAUAACAGCACUUGAAAGAUGCUAUAGCCGGUUGAAUGCUAUCUGCUUCAAAAAAUGUACGACAACUACGAAACGAGCCUUGUCUUACACACAUUUGUUACGAAAAACGAAUUACUUCAUGAUAAAAUGCAAUUCUAUCACAGUCACAAUGGAACUCAUCGAAAUCCAAUACCUGUUCAACGAUAUAUCUGUCAUCAUUGAGAUUCAUAGGAAAAUCCGAAAAAUUCGACGAACAAUAAACGUUCAUCAUUUUCUUUAAUAAUUACUUAUCGUUGGUACGUUCGAAGUUAAACUCGACCGUAAAGAGAGUUCAGGCAAAGGCUGGGCCUCGGGCUAAGCUGACACGAGAUAAUUUAAUUUUCUCGUUCCAACUUGGCUGAAUUGAUUGAAAAAAAUAGGAAGAAAAAACAUGCAAGGAUUCAACCUGGGGUAUGAGCUUGAUAAUUUCGGCGAUAUAACAAGUGUGCUAAUUUCACAGGUUUGUGGUGGUUUUUGUUUGCGUUUAUUUACAUAUGCUCUGAUUGUCGCUAGCAAAGAAUAAGGAAACUUUAUCUCGCAAAACUAUGAAUAUCGAGUCUGAUGACGCCAGUAGGAAUAAGCAUUAGAGGAAAAAAGAAGACGAAAUUCAGCUUCCAUUCGCAAACAUAACUUCGCUCGAUUUUCAAUCAUGAUGAUCAGUAUUUGUCAUUAUUAUCAUGGGUUGCAAAAUUGUCAAAUAUAAAUUAAUGUACGCAACCCCUUAGAUUGACCAUAUCAGUAUGGAUAUAAUCUGCUGAUUUAUAGCUGUGCAAUAAAUCACCUGAAGAAAGGCUUUGCCAGUGUUUAACUUACAAGUAUUUCAUAAUACGAUUCACUGACGAUUACCGAAAUAAUUUGCGUUUCAUGUAUUUGAUUUUUGGCGUCCAUUCACAUUUUUUUUAUUAUUACACCCAACCGAAGCUCAUUUCGGAUUUAUUUUUAUGCGAUAAUUUUCUAACUCAUAGAUAAGGAAACUUGUCUUUAAGAAUUCAAACAAAUUCCAUUAUCGAUGACAAACGAACCCCAAAUCCAAUUAACGAAUUCUUUUCCUUAUAUUAAGGCAUGGAUAAGAAUUCUUGUAAGCUAGAACCCAAGCUCAAAACAAUUUGAAGAGCUUUGAAAUCCACGACAGAAAGUUUGUUGUGAAGUGAAGUAUUCGCAAGUCAAAGAUUAAAAAUUUCAAAUGUACAUCUUUGACUAUACCAGUGCUUGUAAAAUGUAAACUUGAAAAGUGAAACUGGGUCUCCUAUAUAGCCUUCCACAGUCUUACCCCAAAACUUAUUGUUAGUAGACAACUUAAAUAGUUCAUCUCAUUUGAACGCUCUUAUUUACAAAAAUUUCCUAACAGCAGCGGUUGGCUUAUCGUAGAGAAAAAAUGUUACGAUUCUUGUAUAGUGAGCAGUAUCAUGUUCGCCUCUGGCAGUGAGAAAACUUACAUCUUGUAAAACUUCUCUCCAACUACGAAAUCAUUCUUUGGAAAAUAUAAUUUGUGCUAAGAAUUAAACAGCCAAUAAAAGGUGUCUUAAUUGAAAAACGGCUGUCGAAUAUGUUCGUGGGCGCAAUAAUAUUGUGUCUUCACCUGUCGAUGUAUUGGCACUAGAUGUCUAAAUUAUUUCUACCAAAACGGUCCGAUCAAUUAAAAGUUACACGAUAUAAAAUAACAAUACUGUUGGUGAUACAUGGUUUUAUCUUGACUUAGAAAUUCUCAUCUUUAUAGUUCAUCGACUUCGUUGCAGUCGAUGAUUGAUUAUUCCGUUUGAGGAAAUUUUUAUACCUGCAAGACUUCCAAAAGCAUUGGAAAAAAACUUGAGCAGAGAUCAAGCAACUAAGACAUUAAUGGGAUAGGUUUGGCUAUUUCAUUUCAUUUUAUUAUAUCAUUAUACCUGUUAUCGGUCUUUUUAAGGACAUAGUUAUAAUCACGAGCGACACAUUGUUAUCUCCAGACUACGUCAUCAUAAUUAGUGUGCAAACACAAACUGUCAAAAAAUAAUUCAUAUUCAAAUGCUGUAAAAUAAUUUUUAUGAGCAAUUUAAUGAGUCGUUUUUUUAAGAAAUACUAUUUUUCAAAAGGCACUUUGGCAAAUAUUGAGUUGAUAAAAAGUCCAGUUACCAGUUAUGGAUUAUAAUUGAUUCGAAAUAGUAUUGAUUGAUAUCAAAAGUGGUAGAACAAUUCGAAAAUUCACGUGUGAAAUUGAGCGACAGCUACUGCCGAAGAACGCAGGACGACCAAUUUUUGGAAGUGAAAAUGGCUGAAAUGGCAUCGAAUCCGAUACCACACAUCAAAGAAGGACGAAAAUUGUAUCAAUAUCUUGCGACGUUAGUGGCUGGAUUGGCCGCUUUUCAAGUUGGCAUGAUAAUAGGAUGGACAUCCCCGGUGCUUCCAUAUCUAAUGUCCGAGGAAUCUUUUAUAACCGUCAACACGGAGCAAAGUUCUUGGAUCGGUUCUCUUCUGGCAUUCGGCUCAGUUCUGGGUGCCCUUCCAGCUGGAAAUAUAGCUGAUUACCUGGGAAGACAUCGAUCAAUCCUUAUAUUCAACUUCCCAUUCUUGGCAUCGUGGCUCCUUAUCAUUUUCAGCACAAACUUAUGGCUGAUAUACGCAGCUAGAUUAUUAGGAGGUAUUGGAUGUGGUGGGAAUUGUGUUUUGAUUUUAAUGUACAUCGGAGAAAUAGCCGAACCAUCGGUUCGUGGUACUUUAGCAUCAACUUUCGGGAUAUUUCUGGCAUUCGGAACACUUUACGCUUACAUAGCAGGCACUUUUAUGAGUUACACGCUCUUUGCCGUUUCCGGCGCGUUUUUCGUGGUUCUGUUUUUGAUUCUAUCGCCAUUUUUAACCGAAUCGCCAGUCUGGCUUAUCAAACAAGGUCGCAAAAGAGAUGUAGGAAAACCUCUAUUGAAAUUACGAGGUAACGAGUACGAUAUACAAAGCGAAAUUGAACUCCUUCAAAUUCAAUCAACGAAUCGAGCAUCGCGAAAAGGCGGCAUGAGGGACCUCAUAGGUACGAAAGCCGGGCGUAGAGCUCUACUUAUAAGUGUUGGACUCUCAUUUUUUCAACAAGGUUCAGGUAUCGAUGCUGUUAUAUUUUAUACCGUAACCAUAUUUAGGAUGACCGGAAGUUCGAUUGAUCCGUUUACCGCCACAGUGAUUAUUGGUGCGGUUGAAGCUUUUAUGGAAUUAGUCUGCGGGGUCGUAGUAGACAGAACUGGUCGUCGGCCAUUGUUAAUCCUCUCUGGAACAGGAAUGACGAUUUGCUUAUUCACAUUUGGAUACUAUUUUAUGCUAAAAGAAUCCGGGGAUGACGUUCGCAGUAUAAGUUGGAUUCCUCUUUCGUCUCUAGUUUUAUAUACUGUAUUUUAUUCCAUCGGAUUUGGAGGCGUCCCUUGGAUAAUGAACAGCGAACUUUUUCCUCCUGAAACUAAGGGUGUUGCAGGAAGCAUUUCAAGUGUAUUAAUUUGGACUCUUGGAUUUGUAGUCGUCAAAUCAUUUCCCUCACUGGGUCUAAGGCUGGGAGAAUGCGUUAUUUUCUGGUUUUUUGCGUCACUUAUGACCUUGGCCACUUUUUUUGCAAUUUUUAUCGUCAUAGAGACCAAGGGGAAAACUUUAUUGGAAAUUCAAGCUGAACUCAGUGGUGAACCGUUCACCACUGAUGGUCCCGGAAACAAAGGUCAACAUUAGGUCGUUCAAGUCUACGUGCUGCAAUUUCACGGGCUAUUAUAGGUAUAUGUUUUCACCUACAGUCUCUUUUUAUCCAUGGUUAACAUAAUAUGUGAUAAAUAUAAUUCAAUAGAUAAAUGUAAGGCAAGGAUAAUAGACAAUACUUGGAGGUUUUAUUACAAGAUAACUUGAGAAGUUAGCUCUUCGUUGUUGAUUUUUAAUUUUAUAAUUUGUUCUGCUUCAUCGUGCCCUUGUUACCGCAAUAAUAUUUUCUAUUUCGACAACGCCCUUUCGGAAAUAUUCAACUUUUUAGUUUGGUUCAAGUACUCGAAAAGCAUUAACAAUGAUGAGCUACACCCUGAGCACAUCAUACCGGACAUUGCUUAUUCCAAGUAAACUAUAUAUUCAUACCCAAUUUAACUGUAGUUCAUUUUUAUAUGGACUUGCACAUUUGUCACAGGAAACAUGCAAUUGGGAAUUUGCAUUUCGGUGCAACGGUAUAACUGAUGUUAAUUAAAUCAAAGCGGUAGGUACCGCUAUGACUGCAGGCUCAAUGAAUUGGAUUCGUUCAUUUUUGGUGGUCAAGUUAUCGCAACUUCAAAACUGGGAGAAUCUGUGGUGUUUAAAGGUUUCACUGUCAACACAGUUUUCGCUGUAUUUGUUUAUCAAGUACUGUAUUCCUGAAACUAAAGGGAAAACCUCGUAGGAAAUUCAAAGUAAAUUAAAUAGCUAGGUAUAUGUACAAUUGUUGAAAGAGACUCAGAUCCGUGCAAGACACUGGUUUUAUCAUAUUUUGAAACAGCCGCAUCUUCUAUCCGAUCAAGCAUGCGAUCCGAUGUCAAGCCGCGUUAACUGUUGGCUUUGGCUGUUGCUAAUUUGGGUAAGCUGUUGAACCACCACCCACCGUGAUCAUCGUAAUGUCGAGAAACCAUCAACAAAAUUGAGUGAUCCGAAAUCAACACAGUGGAAGUAAGCAUACUCGGUGGGCGCAUCUCUGAACACUUCAUUAAAUAAAUCACUAAAUUAUAUUCGUCACGGAAAAAAGAAAAUCAUAAACGUACCGUAUGUUCAAUUUCAAUCAAUCCUUGUACUAAAAUCUAAUAAACUCAUUACAAAUGAA